AUGUAAAGUGGGAGGGAAGGAAGAAGGCCGACUUGUACACACUCAUACUUCACUUCGGUAAGGAGCCUUUCUCGGUUUAACUGAGGAGAACCGCGGCUUGGGAUCCAAGAUGACAGACUCCAAAUAUUUCACCACUACCAAGAAAGGGGAGAUCUUUGAGCUGAAGGCAGAGCUCAACAGUGAUAAGAAAGAGAAGAAGAAGGAAGCAGUGAAGAAGGUCAUUGCAUCUAUGACCGUGGGAAAAGAUGUCAGUGCUCUGUUUCCUGAUGUUGUGAACUGCAUGCAGACGGAUAAUCUGGAGCUCAAGAAGCUGGUCUAUCUGUAUCUGAUGAAUUAUGCCAAGAGCCAGCCGGACAUGGCCAUUAUGGCCGUCAACACCUUUGUGAAGGACUGUGAGGACCCAAACCCUCUGAUCCGCGCACUGGCUGUGCGCACCAUGGGCUGCAUCCGAGUAGAUAAGAUCACUGAGUAUCUGUGUGAACCUCUAAGGAAGUGUCUAAAAGAUGAAGACCCUUAUGUAAGGAAGACUGCUGCUGUUUGUGUUGCCAAGCUACAUGACAUUAACGCCCAGCUGGUGGAAGACCAGGGCUUCCUGGACACCCUGAAAGACCUGAUCUCUGACUCCAACCCCAUGGUGGUGGCAAAUGCAGUAGCGGCUCUGUCCGAGAUAGCAGAGUCUCAUCCUAACAGCAACCUUCUGGACCUGAACCCUCAGACAAUUAAUAAGCUCCUGACAGCUCUUAAUGAGUGCACUGAGUGGGGCCAGAUCUUCAUCCUCGACUGCCUGGCCAACUACACACCCCGUGAUGACCGCGAGUCACAGAGUAUCUGUGAGCGUGUAACUCCACGGCUGUCCCACGCUAACUCUGCCGUGGUUCUGUCUGCUGUGAAGGUUCUGAUGAAGUUCAUGGAAAUGCUUCCUAAAGAUCUAGACUAUUAUGGCACUCUACUGAAGAAACUUGCUCCUCCUUUGGUCACGCUGCUCUCAGCUGAACCUGAACUGCAGUAUGUUGCCCUGAGGAACAUUAAUCUCAUCGUACAGAAACGCCCCGAGAUUCUAAAGCAUGAGAUGAAGGUUUUCUUUGUGAAAUAUAAUGACCCAAUCUAUGUCAAGCUGGAGAAGCUGGAUAUCAUGAUCCGCCUGGCGUCUCAGGCCAACAUUGCUCAGGUGCUGGCUGAGCUGAAGGAAUAUGCCACUGAAGUGGAUGUGGACUUUGUGCGUAAAGCUGUACGAGCCAUUGGCCGCUGCGCAAUUAAAGUGGAGCAAUCAGCAGAGCGUUGUGUCAGCACACUGCUUGACCUUAUUCAGACCAAGGUCAAUUAUGUGGUGCAGGAAGCCAUUGUGGUCAUCAAGGACAUCUUUCGCAAGUACCCCAACAAGUAUGAGAGUGUGAUUGCCACUCUUUGUGAGAAUCUGGACUCUCUGGAUGAGCCUGAGGCACGGGCAGCCAUGAUCUGGAUUGUGGGAGAGUACGCAGAGAGGAUCGACAAUGCAGACGAGCUGCUGGAGAGCUUCCUGGAAGGCUUCCAUGAUGAGAGCACACAGGUGCAACUGCAGUUGCUGACAGCUAUUGUGAAGUUGUUCCUGAAGAAACCCACGGAGACCCAGGAGCUGGUGCAACAAGUGCUCAGUCUCGCCACACAGGAUUCUGAUAAUCCUGACCUGCGUGACCGUGGCUACAUCUACUGGCGUCUGCUCUCCACUGACCCUGUGGCGGCGAAAGAGGUGGUGCUGGCCGAGAAGCCUCUGAUAUCAGAGGAGACGGACCUGAUUGAGCCCACCCUGUUGGAGGAGCUUAUCUGCCACAUUGGUACUCUGGCCUCAGUCUACCACAAACCUCCCAGUGCUUUUGUGGAGGGCAGCCGUGGUGUUCAGCACAAGAGACUUCCUGCUCGUGCUGGAUCUGGGGAAAGUGCCGAGAGCCCUGAUGUUGGCCAGUCCGGACCUUCUGAAGCUCCACCUGCUGUCAUUCCAUCACAAGGUGAUCUCCUUGGUGACCUGCUGAAUCUGGAUCUGGCCCCACCCGCUGCCACGGUCCCUUCUGUGCAGCCCUCAAUGCAGAUGGGAGCCAUGGACCUACUUGGAGGAGGUCUGGAUAGUCUGAUGGGUGAUGAAUCAGAUACGCUGGGAGGAGACAUCGGCCGAAGCCCUUCGAUGGGUGCCGGUUUGGGGGCGGCCCCAGCAGCCAUGCCUGCUGCUCUCGGCGGUGCUCCUGCUGUUGGAGGUGGAUUGGGUGACCUUUUUGACCUCGGUGGAGGUGUUGGCAUGCCAACAGGAUUCUACGUUGCUCCUAAAACUGUGUGGUUACCAGCAAUGAAAGCUAAAGGGCUGGAGAUUUCUGGGACAUUUGCCCGACGUGGUGGGAUCAUUCAGAUGGAUAUCUCUCUUACCAACAAAGCCAUGAGCGUUAUGACUGACUUCGCCAUUCAGUUCAACAGGAACAGUUUCGGUCUCGCCCCUGCUGGCCCUCUGCAGGUUCUGACUCCUCUGAGCCCCAAUCAGACCAUUGACGUUAGUCUCCCUCUUAGCACCACCGGCCCUGUCAUGAAAAUGGAACCCCUCAACAAUCUGCAGGUAGCUGUGAAGAAUAACAUCGACGUGUUCUACUUCAGCUGCCAAUAUCCUCUCAGCCUGCUCUUUGUAGAGGACGGAAAGAUGGAACGUCAGGUGUUCCUGGCCACCUGGAAGGACAUUCCAAAUGACAACGAGGCACAGUUUCAAAUCAAAGACGUCCACCUCAACUCAGACGCGGCCAGCAACAAGCUGCAAGGCAGUAAUAUCUUCACCAUAGCCAAGAGAACAGUGGAGGGACAGGACAUGCUGUACCAGUCUGUAAAACUCACCAACGGCAUUUGGGUGCUGGCUGAAAUGCGCAUACAGACCGGAAACCCCAACUACACGGAAAUGGAGCUGUCGAUAAAGUGCAGAGCGUCAGAGGUGUGUCAGUUUGUGUACCAGUGCUAUGAGUUGGUGCUGAAGAACUGAAGAGGGGGAAUACAACAGGAAACAGCAGUUCCCAGGCAUCGUUUGGGUGACUGAAACUUGAUUGGACCAGUCAAAGAACCCCUGCUGUCUAGCAUUUCCUUCAGACUGCGCUUUCAGCAUCAACUGAAUACCAAUUUCUCUUCCAUUAUUUUGUCCAUUCCCAACACCCUUCUAUAUCCAAUCCUGCAGUCCUUAAAAUAUUACACUUACAGUAAAACAAACGACACACAAAAUAUAAAGACAUCAUCUUUAUUUCCUAUGUGCAGGUGUUCUGAUUAGAAAAUUUCAUUCUGUACUCAACCAUUGCGUCACUGUUUAUUUGGCGUGGUUUUUCCUUCUCGUGGAAGUCGAGCAUCGUACACAACCUGUUUUCAUCAUCCAUCCAGUUGUAGGAAAGGUGUUUACUGCAGUUGAGAGGAACCUUUCAACACUGCUGUUUUUAAUUUAGUCUUAAUUAUCAGACAAUUGGGUCGCUGGGCUUGUAUUCACACAAACAGUUCAAGUCUUUAUUUAUUUUUUGUUCUGUUUUAUUAAAGCUCUCCAUGAUCUUUCCUCAGAAAUGUAGGUGUCCCACAAUUUCUUUUAAGGGAAUGCUGUGUUCAUCCAGAAGCACUACACAAUUGCUGAGUAAACUUUUUUUUUUUUUUUUUUUUUUUUUUUUCGUCUUCAAAUUAUCUCUGCAUUUGGUGAAGUUUGCAGUCAUGUUUUUCUAUUAAGCUGGGUUUGUUUUAGUUACUACUGUCUUUUGUGUGCUGUGUGUGUGUGAGUGCGUGUGUGUUUGUGUGAGAGUUGCGCGAGUUGGAGAUGUAACAUGCUGCAUGUUCUGUUCCUCCUCCUGGCAAUAUUCUCUGUCCUCCUUUAUUCCCCAGAAGGACUAUACAUUUUUGUGUGUGUGUGUGAGACUCCUAAGAUCAUCUUACAGAAAAUGACACCCUUUAUGGUAUGAAUAUCUCUCGAAUCACACUGAACGCGAUGCACCUGAAGUCUCCUGCUUUGCGAAACAAACCUGUUCACUGAAGAUGCUUCUUCUUUUCAGGACGGGGAAAUGUGGUUAAUCCUUUUAUGUGUCCAUGUGAUGUUUAAUUCUUUUAAACAAUGUUGACAAGGUGGACAGACCUCUAUCAAGCUUAACGUAAAAAUACCACCAGACAAAACAAUGCUGACGUGGCAUGCACAUGUCCUGUGUGUACACUUAGAAGUUCCCAAAUAAUAUUGAUUACUGUUUUUCUUUUAAUCAUAGUUUGUUGAUUCUGUAUAUGUUUGUUAAUUCUUUAUGGUUUAGUCAUAGGGGUGACUACAAGGAGAUGUGCAGCAAAGAAAUUUGCUUUACUUUUUGUUGGAUUCUGUCAUGAAUGCAUCUGUUAUAGAAAUUAAAAAAGUAUAUUACCCAUUGA